AUGAUGAAGAAAGUUCUCCUCUUUCCCAUACUUUUAAGGACUCUCGUGGAAGGCAUGCCCUUUCCAACAGACGAACUGGAUGAGUUUUUUGAACAGAAAGUCGAGCAUGCCACCAGAAAUGUGAAAUCGACACGUCGUCGAAGUCUCAUCGUGAAAAACGUUGCAAAUGCACAGAGAAGGUGGCAGAAAAAUUUCCUGAAACAGGUGAAAGAGCACUUUGAAAAACUGGAUGACAAGAAUGCCGAACUGGAAAGAGCGCGUAUACUCACAGACGACAAUGUUUACGAGCUUUCAAAUCGAAUAGACGCAAAUGCGGAAUUCGUUCACGACGAUAUCAAGCACUUGACAGAAGGCGCGAAAAAUAUCAAUGAGCGGCUGCGGAAGAUUGAAAGCGAGCAACGAGAAUUAGAAGCUAUUAUGAACGAGGCAGUCAGCAAGCCACUCGUUGGAGAGGCGGACUACUCCGACGUAGAUGAUUCCACGAGUGAGACUUUGAAUCUGUUGAAUGAGAAGUACAACAGCCUGGAUAAAAGAUUCAAGGACUGGUGGCAAAUAUUCAACACCAAUUUGAAGCAAGCGAACGAGAAUAAAAAAGCGAUGGAUAACAUGAAGAAUGACAUUCACCUAUAA